GGUUGUUUGAGUUUCAAACAUCUGCAAGAAGAGAAGAAGAUGGAUUCAGGGCCGUCGUGGGCUGAUCAAUGGGAUUACAAUAACCCUGACCCUCUUCCGAGUUCGACGAAAGAGGAUGAGAGCAAAAAGAAGAACAAGAAGAAGAAGGAAGAAGAUGGAAGCAAAAGCAGUCUUGGGAAGACAUUACUUGGGUUCAAAUGGAUGAAGGAGCUCCGCAAGAAAUCUGAAAAGUGAUUAGUAAAGACAUGUUUUAUUACAUUUGUAUUUGAUUCUUGUUAUUCUUUGUAAUUAAUCCAUUCUUUCACA